CUUGCAGAGUCACAUGUGCGAAAUUUCUAUGUGUACCGUACCGGUAUUAGUAUACAUCUCCGGUACUGAGCUGCAUUUCUUGAAGGCCAACUGGUUGUGGAUCAGGAUAUAAGAGCAACAUAUACAGAUGUUAGUGGAGUAGGUCUUUGUGCUCUUCUUCCAACACACUGAUCUUCUUUGUAAACUGCUUCUUUGCUAUGAACCUGCUAAAGGCAUCAUCACCGUUCCUUACUGGCUAGGAUGGAGGCUGCUUCUAAGUCAAGUGCAUGGCAUUGAUGUUCCAGAGCAUUAAAAUGCUUGAGGAAAAAUCCCAAAGAGAGGUGGAGUCCAGAUGGGCAAAUCUAAAAAGAAAGUUUCUUGAAGGCCAACUGGUUGUGGAUCAGGAUAUAAGAGCAACAUAUACAGAUGUUAGUGGAGUAGGUCUUUGUGCUCUUCUUCCAACACACUGAUCUUCUUUGUAAACUGCUUCUUUGCUAUGAACCUGCUAAAGGCAUCAUCACCGUUCCUUACUGGCUAGGAUGGAGGCUGCUUCUAAGUCAAGUGCAUGGCAUUGAUGUUCCAGAGCAUUAAAAUGCUUGAGGAAAAAUCCCAAAGAGAGGUGGAGUCCAGAUGGGCAAAUCUAAAAAGAAAGUUUCUUGAAGGCCAACUGGUUGUGGAUCAGGAUAUAAGAGCAACAUAUACAGAUGUUAGUGGAGUAGGUCUUUGUGCUCUUCUUCCAACACACUGAUCUUCUUUGUAAACUGCUUCUUUGCUAUGAACCUGCUAAAGGCAUCAUCACCGUUCCUUACUGGCUAGGAUGGAGGCUGCUUCUAAGUCAAGUGCAUGGCAUUGAUGUUCCAGAGCAUUAAAAUGCUUGAGGAAAAAUCCCAAAGAGAGGUGGAGUCCAGAUGGGCAAAUCUAAAAAGAAAGUCAAUAAACAGUCCACAAGCAUGAGCAGUAGAGAUGUUUUAGGAAGAGUGAUCUCUCUAUCAAGUCGCCAUGGUUACGUGUACUCCUCAGGACAGCUGAGGCCAACAAUAGGGAUCAAAGGAUGCUUCGACUAUGGGCCUUUGGGAGUGGAGUUAAGAAGAAAUCUCGUUAAUGAAUGGUGGAGCGAGAUGGUCAGUUCUCAAGAACAUGUUGUUGGUGUAGAGAAUUCAGUCCUCCACAGCAGUAGAGCUGCACAGAUCUCACCUUCACCUGGGCACAGUGGUACUACGUCACACCAUCUCAAUGUCAGAUUCAAUGAUGAUGAGGAGGAGGCAUGGCUUCAAAGCUCUCUGCAUGAUGGUUUAUUCAGUCAUUAUUUCAACACAUUGUGCCUCUUGAAUAGAAGGCUACCAUUUGGAUUGGCUCAGGUUGGGCCCUGCUUCAACAGACCAUCCGCAUCUCAAGGAAUUGAUACUUUCAUUUUCAAUGGCCUCCAAACAUCUGAGAUGUCCAUGCAAUUUUUCUCAACUCCCAAAACAAGUAAUUUGUGGUUUAACACCUGGCACAGAGACAGAUUGUCUUGGUGGAGGAAGUUUGCUGGGAUACCAUCCGACUUCACUGCAACAGAUAUCACAACGUCUGGACAUGUGCAGUCAACAGAGAUACAAUACAAGUUCCCAUGGGGAGUAGAUACAAUCGAGAGAAUAUCCAACCAUGGGAGUGUACCUGUUGAACAAAUGCAAGACUUGUUCAAGACGGACAUGCAGGGUAAGGAUGGGAGGAAGUCGGUAAUCCCUCACACUAUUGAAACCUCUGCGUCUCUAGAGGGUGGUCUUCUUGCCUACUUGGUUGACGGUUACCAGGAGAAGCAACGCACCGACACCAGAGGUCAAUCAGUGUCCCGGGAGAUCCUCCGACUUCAUCUCAGACUGGCACCCCUCAAGGUUAUCAUCUUACCCCUUAGAGGGACAAAGGAACUGAGAGAGCUUUCGGAUUACUUGGGCAAGGAAUUCAGAAAAGCCAGCAUCAAUGUGAGGAGCAUAAUAGAAGUCUCUCCAUCCUUAGAAAAUUAUUACACCAUGUUUGAUGAGAUGGGUGUACCCUUUACUAUUCUACUGAAUGAAAACACUUUGAAAUCAGGAAUAUUGAGAGUCAGGAACAGAGACACAACUCUAAUGCAACAGCUCCAUAUCACCGAGGUUCGUGACAUGAUCCUUCGUCAUCUAGAAGCUGACUGAGAUGUAGCAGGGAGCUUACUAUUGCUGAUGUGGUUAAACUACCAGUUGACUGUGAGCUGUAAUCUCCAUCCACUAUCAGUUAAGGAUGAUGUUCUGCACCCUUAACACAACACUAGCCUGCCAUUGCUGAUUGCGGUCACCCAACUGUGAGCUCUUGUCUCUACAUACCAUCAGUUAAGGACGAGGUCCUGCAUCUUUAGAGGCAGACACAGACAAAAACACUGGACUGCUGCUGCUGUGGUUAUACCACUUCACUUUUAGCUGUGGUCUCCAUAAGGAUGAGGUCCUGCACCCUUUAGAGGAAGACGGAGACACAAUACUGGCCAGCUGUUGCUGAUUAUGGUCGCCCAACUGUGAGCUCUUGUCUCCAUCUGUUGAGGAAAAAAUCUUUGGGCAUGUAACCGUGAAGAGUUGCUGACUUCUUCUGUUGUCUCUCGAAGAAUGGCUUCCUGAUACAGAAGGCUGGACUGAGUCAUCAUGAGAAAGAGGAUCCUUUGAAGAGCUUCCUGUUUGUCAGUGGUGAGGGCUGAAUUAUUGCAUUAACAAUCACCUUGAUGAACAAGUCUUUAAUUAUCCAAGGAGACCCACUCCAAGAACUCUCACCAGGUCUAAUCCAUCUUUUGAUCUGAUCAUCCUGGAAGCUGGUCUGAGCCAACGUAGUGGACCCUUCACUGAAUCAAUGGUGAGGUUUUGAUAUGUCAUGACUCUGCAAGGCCCUGUGAAUAAAAGCUUUGCUGUCACUAUUCAUUCCUUUUUCAGCCAGUGAGUUUCAAAGAUGCUUGCCUUACCUGUAAGAACCCUGCUCAUAGGUCUGGGAAAUGUUUUGCGAUGCAGAUAUUGAGUCAUGUGAGCAAGCAGUAUUCUUUGUAAUAUUGUAUUUUUUAUUUGUUGCCAGUAUUGUAUUUUCAAGAGUAAAGGGCAUUGGCUUCAUUUUUGUUUUACUCAUGAAAUUUAGAAAGAUGGCAUUUUAAAUAACACCUUGCCAUAAUAAGUGACAUCUCAAAUGAAUGUGUUUCCCCUGCCCCUCCUGAGAAAACGAUUUAUAGAACUUAUCUCAAAAGAACCUCAUCUAGCAUUAUAUAUUCUGUUGGUCGGGGAUAGAGGAACAACAGGAAAAAAAAACUAUGGAAAAAUUGAGAAGCUUGUGGAGAACAAGUUUUAAAGUAAGGUGAUUUCUCACAAGCCUGUUAAUUAAUAAGUGAUUUUACAGGUAGUCUACAAUGAGUUAUGUAGGCAUUGCUUUUAUGCCUAAGGAGUACAUUUAUGAUGCAAUAUAUUUUUUCUUGAUUUGUUUUCUUAUAUCUCAGAUAAUGUCAUGAAUCCAUGAUGGAUCUACCAAAAAUUAGCAAAAAGAUAUAGAGUAAUUGGUAGACUUUAGUGAAUUAUAUUUUUUCAUUAGGUUACUAGUCUUAUAUUUUGGUGAUAUAACUGAAAUGAUAAAGAUGAAAAUAUGUGAGCUUUUAAAUUCUCUUUAGUUAUAUGAGGAAUAGGAAAUGGUCCUGAUAUACAUGUAACUGAAAGUAUGAAGAUCAGGCGCGGAUCCAGAUUUGGAUGCUAAUUUAUGGCGCUAUGUGCCUGUUGUCUUCUAUCAAUACGCUAUCGAUGUAUAUUUUUUAAUCAUCGUUUUGAAAACUAAAAAUGACUUGAUUUGGUACUUCCUAUGUAACAAUUUCUGUUGUCUCCUUUCUCUUUUCUUCUCCUUUUUUAAGGAAACGCAAUAGAUAAUAGAAAUAUAUUUCAAAUGCAUUAAAUGGGGUUUUUCGGGGGGGGGGUGGUUUCAACAUAAUAAACCAGGUUUGCUGUUUGCCUGCUUAAAUUUAUAAAGGCAAUAGUCUCUUCUUAUUUCCCUUCUCUAGCCAGCAAACAUCCACAUUGGUUCCAUUAUUUGUUUUUGCAAGUCUAUUCUUCGCUUGGAUAACCGGCUUGUUAUUGAUAUUGUAUGAAAACAUUAUGUUGCCUGGUGACUAGGCUUGGGGGUAAACAUCGAUUGAUCUAUUGGUUCGAAUGGCUUGCCACCGAUUGCUAUUUGAAUUUACACUGAUUGAAUGUUCGGCAGAUCCCGAUUAGACACUGGGGAUAACUUGAUUACUCAAGUAAUGGUAGCAAAAUGACAAGAUAACAAUUGUUUUUAAAUACUUGAUACCGGUUUAAAAAUGAUGUUACCUAUGUAAUUUGUAAACACUAACCUGAAAGAGGUCUGAAAAUUUUAAUCCCACCCGGACUUGCCCUCGAUACACAAUAUAUGUUGUAUGCAUAGGUAUAUAUAAGUUUAUGGUUACAUGUCUGUUUAUAACAGAAAGUACACACACAUAUAGCCGACUUGAGCCGAUAUGUGAUUGGACAUUUGAUGGCCAAUGAAACUUUUAGGAGACGUAGAAGCCAUGCGAGUUCCCAUUAUGGAAAGGUAAUAGUAAAGGUUGGGACUUCAGGAAGAAAUUGACCUGUCCCCAUCUCUGUGUGUGGGUGUGUGAGAGAGGGAGAGGGAGAGAGAGAGAGAAAGAUAGCGGUGGGAACCAGAAUUCUUUUCCUGUUUCAAAACAAUGCAAUCUCCAUUAGCCCGGCCCUCCCCACUCACACAAUCAAAACAACAUUCCAACACCCGCCAUCACCUAAUUCCAGAUGUCGACUAGUCUCCCAAAAUAGACCCAGUCAUAGGUUCAAAUGAUAAAAAAAUGUAAUAUUGAGAGGUACUUCAAAUGAAAAAUAUUUUGAAAAAUAAUUUUAACAUCGUGGGCAGUGCCACAGGUGGGGGUUGGGGCAAUGAUGUGGGCAAUGGAUGAAAUUUCAUGUGCUUGUGGGACCAUGUGUGAAUGAACUUUUACAUUGAAUGCCAAGAUUGUUAUUCAAAUAUAUAUUGAGUGUUCUAUUUCCAACCAUUUAAAGUAUUCGAUAUUGUGUUUGCUUUCAUCGUUAUCAAACCUUGUAGUGAAUACCUGCUCUCACAAUUUCUAAGAGAAUAUGUUAAUGUAUAUGUGUGACUUCUAGGUGCUAACUUUGAUGAAUUGAUCAAUGGAAGUUUGAAUAAAGAACUCAUAUUUUCAA